AUGUCACCAAUUGUCCCAGCACGAUUUCGCUCCCCUUUGACAACGCCCCGCCUUCCUGCUCCGACAGUAUCGGAAUACUCACCUCAUCAUGAAGGGGAAUAUGAUUACUUGACUUUGCAGGAUAGAGCCGCUGAGCCAACGCCAGUAGCUUUGCAAGGCCGCUCUCCCGACCCACAAUACUAUGUCACACUUACCAUCACACUUCCUACAGAGAUCUACACAACUACAAUCCUUCUUGGAGACACUUUCCCAACACCGCUGCCAACAGCCCCGGUACAGCAAUCAGCGAGCCAACCAACCCUUGCGCCAGCCGCUGCUCAGAACCCGAAUUCCACACCUGGAAAUGUCGCCGGUAUCGUCAUCGGAGUACUAGGUUCCAUUGCAGUACUAGCUGGGAUAUACUACGUCUGGUUGUUAAGAGCGAGGCAGCUGCGCAGGUUUUCUUCGGGCACAAGUACGACUACCCGUACUAGCCGUACUAGCCGUACUAGCCGCAGCAAGAGACGCAGGAGAAAGAAGAAGAAGAAGAAAUCGAAGACGAAAAAUACUUGGUUCACGUUUAAGUUCAGGCUUAAGAAGAGUAAGAAGAGGAGGCGGUCGAGGAAGAGUAGUACUAGUACUGGAGGUCCAGGUCCCGCUCCACCCCCUCCAGAAACAGGACCGCCUCCGCCCCCACCUCAACCUCCACCUGCUGAAUGA